GGCAACCCAAAGCACCUCUGAGGUGUUCAAUAGAGUGCCAGAGGUUUACAUUGGAGAUAGCGGAGAAGCGGAUAAGGAGCUACCGCGAGACCGAACUCAGCUGCAGAAAAAAAGCUGUGAUACUAAUUACUCUGAAGUACAAAGAGAUUUGUGCAGAUCCAGAGGAAGAGUGGGUGAAGAAGAUAGUACAGAAACUGGACCAGAAAAAGUCUGCAGCCUCCCCACUUCCACGUGGUGCCACCUCACCAGAGGAGCCUGGUGGUUUUCAGAAACAUGUUGGUGUUACAGUAAUGGCUCCAUCUCAAGACACUGCUCCAACUAGUUUCUUCCAAGGGACUGGCAAAACAGUUUCAGAGAAAAUACAUGUUCCUGUUGCCAGGACUGAGGGGUACAGCAAGGCCCCACCAGCCAGGCAGGACACGACCCAGCUCCAUGCAGGAUCAUCCCCUGUGAUACACGAAGAUGUUGUGCACUCUGAAGUCACUCCAGAAGCAAACAGAGAUUCCUUGAAUUCUUCUGCAUCUUCAAAAGCUGUUGCAGCAGGCAUGGACUCCAGCCAGCCCUCCCCAUAUCCCUCAGCUCUUGUGUAUGGCUUUGGCAAUGCUGUGGGAUCUACAGUAGAACCUGUAGGACACUCUGGAAAUGCUACAGCUGAUGUUCAAGACGUAACUUCUCCUAACUCAAAUUCGGAACCCAUGGCCAUCGCUAAGGGAUCAGAUCAACCUAUACUUUCUUCAAAUGAAUCCCUGAACCCUGUAAGUGCCAGAACCAAUGCACCAGACACUACUUUCAGCAGUUCUAGAUCAGAGCUCCCCUCCAUCCUGAACAGUGUGGAGAUCACAAGAGUCCCAGCCACACCAAUUCCAUCAGAGACUACUUCAGUUUCUACUCUAAACUCCACCACUGCUAUAGAGAAAGGUGUUUCUGUCCAUACCAACAAGGCUGUUAGUUCCUCUGCAGAUGUGUUUGGUACUAGAACAUUUGAUUAUUCAUCACCUGUAGGAAAGCAAGAGCCUUCAAAUAAGCUAGUUUUUACUAGCCAGGCAUUCUCAGGCCAAGCCAGAGUGCAGAUGAGCACAGACAGGCCAAGCAAUCUGCCUCUGCCCAGCUACUUGUCAAGGGCUCAAAUGCCCUAUGUCAUCCCAGCUUCUGUGGUAGGUGGACUGAUGGUUUGCAGUGUUGGUCUUGUAUGGCUAUAUCUAAAAUUUGGAGUCAAACCAGAAGAAAUGUCAAGAGAAAUGGUACAGGGCUUGCUCUAUCAGAAGGAGGGACAUGAAAACAAUGUCUACCCAAUGGAAGUAAUUUGA